GCUUAGUAGUUUUAGAGUUAAUAGUUAAGUGCUCUAAACGGAUUUACGAUAACGAAAUUUUCAUAUAAAGCCAACAUGAAGUGUUUUGCCAUUUGCAUUGUCAUCUUCUGCUACCUUGCAUCAUCAGCAAGGGCUGCUAAUGAUUUGGUUGCAGCAGCUUCGGAGAACUCUGUACAAUCCCAGGAUCAACUGCAAGGAUCCGCCAGCAGUUUGAGUCCUUUGACUGAGAAACAUCAAGAGAAACGUUACGUAGGUGGUUAUGGCGGUUAUGGAGGUUAUGGCACCGGCUUGGACACCCUAGGCGGUUAUGGCGGUUAUUCAGGCGCUGCUUCCCCCUAUGCUGGUUAUGGAGGUUAUAGCGGCUAUGGAGGUUAUGGAGGUUAUGGCAACUAUGGAGGUUAUGGUGGAUAUUCUGGCUAUGGAGGUUAUAAUUCAAGAUUGGGCAUAGAUGGCUAUGCUGGCUAUCCCGGCUACAAUGGCUAUUCCGGUUAUCCAUAUUCCAGCUACGGCAGCUAUAAUCGCGCAUAUCCCUAUGGCCGUGGUGGUUAUUAUGGUGGCUAUAACAGUUAUCCUUCUAGCUACUAUUCAGGUGGUUAUGGCAACAGCAUUGUUGGCGGUGGUUUGGGAGCACUUGGAACUGCUGGUUAUGUACCUCCUGUGGGUGGUGCUGGCUAUCAGUAUGGCCCCGGCAUUACCGGAUCUGUGUACUAAUGUAUUUGUGUGUGGGAGGAAAAAGCAGUUUGAGCUUUUUCAAAUUUUUUAUUUUCAAUUUUAGAACAAAUUGUAAAUUCGCUUUUUUUACAAAAACAAUUAUUAAAUUAUGAUUUUUAUUUGGAAUAA